GGUCUCAUACUGCUUAGUAUGGAAGUACGCAAUUUCGGACGCAGCCUAUAGUACAUCCUUAGGAAAGACGCAGCUCGAUCCUACAAGAUCUUACAGAAACAGAACUCUAGUGUCAAUCAUUACGGACAUGGACAAAACCUUAAAAACACCAGAUGAUUCUGUUGAACUGAACUGGCGGGAAGUCAUUCCUGUCGGUGCAGGCCUGGAGAACAAGGGUAACAUCUGCUACGUCAACUCCGUUCUCCAGUGCCUUACCUACACGCCUCCCCUGACCAACUAUCUCCUGUAUGGAGAACAUUCCAAAACAUGUCAGGGAUAUGCAGUUUGCAUGAUGUGCGCAAUGGAAGAACACGUCAAGCAGGUGUUCUGUAACCCAGGCCGCGUCAUUUACCCUGAAGCUAUGCUGAACUUGAGUGGAGGGCGGUUUAAGUCUGGGUUCAUGCAUGGUGCACGCAGGUACCUUCAAUUCACCCUGAAGGCCCUGCAUCAGAGCUACCUGAAUAGAUGCAGGCUGAAUGGACAGUCAGUGGGCACAUCCCUGGUGCAGCAGAUCUUUCACGGCUAUCUACAAGUUACAACCAUAUGUGGGGAAUGCUGCGGCAGAGUCUCUCAGAGGUAUAAACUGUUCCAGAUCCUCGAUCUGGAAAUCAAGAAAAUGGACAGCAUUCGGCAGGCCCUCACACAGCGCUUUCAGGCCCUAACACAGGGCUUCCAGGCCCAGCUAAUCAGUUCAAAAUCCUGCGACUGCUGCUGCAAAAGCUGUAAAACUGAGGCAAUCCAGGAUCUCCCUACAGCAUUGGUCAUCAGCCUUAACCGUUCUGAUGGUGGUAAGAAGAUUACAAAGUUUGUGAGCUAUCCAGAGACUCUGGACAUGAGCCCCUUCAUGUCCCAGUCCAGUGGAGCACCGGAGAUCUACAAUUUGUAUGCUGUGCUGGUCCAUUCUGGCAGCUCCAACAGAGUUGGACACUUCUACAGCCACGUCAAAGCCAGUGAUGGAAAGUGGUACUUGAUGAACGACAUAUCGGUGUCCAAGAGUCAAAGUUCUCUUAAACAGAAGGCAUAUAUUCUGUUCUACAUCAGGUCACCAAACCCAGCUGAUGUGAAGAACAGUCCAGAACCAACUUCCUCAAACACAGGAGCAGCUUAAUCCUGUUUUCUCAGAUCCCAAAAAUGCUGGGGUGGGUUUUGAGUCUCAUCAAAGGAUUACCCCCAGGAUAAGUACUCUGGACAGAAACAAAUUCAGACUACUUAUGUCCAGAAACAAGCUUGGACUGCGUUUGUUUAAGAGAGCUCAUCUAAGUGAAAAAGUAUUUAUUUCUGAGCAAUGUCUCCAUUAGGUAAAUAAACUAUAAACUCACAAUACACAAAACACUGACUUGCCAAUAACACAGGAACUUGUCCUAUAAUUUUUUUCCCAUGUGCCAUAGGAACACUAAUCUGACCUGAGGGAUAUGUGUAUAGGGCCUCCUGCAUUCUUACUGUAUUCCCAGUACACACAAGAUAACACCUCACCACUUAUACAUGUGUGGGCUAGAUUAAGGCCUAUAAAUAAGCUUUACCUAGGGUGGUCUAGAAGUAAACCUACCUCAUCUCAUCUCAUCUCAUCUCAUCUCAUUGUCAACCGCUUAAUCCGUGAAGGGCAUUGGGCGGAAGGCGGGAUACACCCUGGACAGGCCGCCAAUCCAUCGCAGGGCAGACAGACACAGACAGACAGACACAUUCACUCACACACUCACACCUAAGGGGCAAUUUCAAUCAAGUUCCAAUUAGCCUGAACAGUCUGAACAGUCCAGAGGAACUAUCUGGAGGAACCCGGAGGAAACCCACGCAGACACAGGGAGAACGUGCAAACUCCACACAGAAAGACCCGGGUUGCCCCAGCCGGGAAUCGAACCCAGGCCGUCUUGCUGUGAGGCGGAAGUGCUACCCACUGCGCCACCGUGCUGCCCAAGUAAACCUACCAUUAGAAUAAAAAAAAAUCCACAUUAUGUGUUUAAAACAAUGUUUUAAAUUCUUAAGCAUUAUAUUCAGCAUUCG